ACAGACCUCAAUAAAAAAUAAGAAUAAAAUUGAAGCAGAUGAGGACAACGUAAAGAAAAGAGAAGACGAGAGGAAAAGCAAACGUACAUGUGAUUUCCUGCUAUGAUACGUUUCAUGUUCCGUCGUCAAGAUUAACAGAUACAUCAGCUGCCAUUUCCAACCACCGCAGAGAAAACCCACUUCCUCAAACUCUCGGAUUUUGCUUUCUGGGGGAAAGUUUGAUUUCUUGUUAAUUUCUGUAUGCUUAAUUCUGAGAGUUGAAGAGUUUGAAAAGAUUCCGGUGUAUUACAUUCGCGGUUUUCUGUUGAAGUGGAGGUCUUGAAUUCACUUUGGUUGGGAUUAUCAGUUUCAUACAGGUUUUUGGAUUUACUAAGAUUAAGCUGAUGGGAACUUUCGAGGCAGUUGUUCAAGUUUUUUGCGGUGCUGUACCGCGCUUUUGUAGUACCGAUUCAUGUUUUAGCAAAUGCAGUCCUGCCAUUUCUUCCAAGUACCACGGAAAAUGUACAAAGAGAAGAGUCUCAAGAGAUAUGCAAAUGCAACUACUCAGUUCCGGUAUGCAACAAAUUCGUACAGGAAAUUAUCGACUUAAUGGGAUAAGGAGUGGUUUGUUUGGAAAGAUGACAGUAGGUGAUUCUUGGAUUCUGAGUUGCAAGUGCGAACAAGCUGAAAGUAUAAGCGGGGCAACUACAAAAGAUGAGAACGGAACAUGGUUUGUGGAUAGUACAAAGAAAUUUAACAAAAUCAACAAUGUGGUGAAUUCGCCAAAUGGUUUGGGGUUUCAAGAUAUUCAAGAGUUGAAACAGGAAAAGGAGGGCUUGCCACCUAAUGGAACAAAUGGAACAGUUAGAGAUGCCUUUCACAAGACUAGCAUUGAUUCCCUUGAGGAUGAAGCGUGGGAUUUACUACGUGAAUCUAUGGUUUAUUAUUGUGGCAGUCCUGUUGGAACCAUCGCUGCAAAGGAUCCUACCAGUUCCAACACGUUAAAUUACGAUCAAGUCUUUAUUCGUGAUUUCAUACCUUCUGGCAUGGCUUUCCUAUUGAAGGGGGAGUAUGAUAUUGUUCGGAACUUUAUCCUUCAUACACUUCAGUUGCAGAGCUGGGAGAAAACAAUGGAUUGUCAUAGUCCCGGUCAGGGUUUGAUGCCUGCUAGUUUUAAAGUUCGUACUGUUCCUUUGGAUGGUGAUGAAUCUACAACUGAAGAGGUGCUGGAUCCAGACUUUGGAGAGGCAGCAAUUGGUCGUGUUGCCCCGGUAGAUUCUGGGUUAUGGUGGAUUAUCUUGUUACGUGCUUAUGGAAAAUGCUCGGGUGAUCUCUCAGUUCAGGAGAGAGUUGAUGUGCAGACUGGGAUUAAGAUGAUUCUAAGGUUAUGUCUAGCUGAUGGUUUUGAUAUGUUCCCGACAUUAUUGGUGACCGAUGGUUCUUGUAUGAUAGAUCGACGUAUGGGAAUUCAUGGUCACCCUCUGGAAAUUCAGGCUCUUUUCUACUCAGCAUUACUUUGUGCACGAGAGAUGCUUGCUCCAGAGGAUGGAUCAGCCGAUCUUAUUCGAGCACUCAACAAUCGUCUGGUAGCUCUGUCAUUCCAUAUCAGAGAGUAUUAUUGGGUUGAUUUGAGAAAAUUGAAUGAAAUCUACCGAUACAAGACUGAAGAGUACUCAUAUGAUGCAGUGAAUAAGUUCAACAUUUACCCAGAUCAAAUUUCUUCUUGGCUGGUGGAAUGGAUGCCCAAUAAAGGAGGCUAUCUAAUUGGAAAUUUGCAACCAGCUCAUAUGGAUUUUAGAUUCUUUUCUUUGGGGAACUUGUGGUCUGUAGUGAGCAGUGUUGCGACAACAGAUCAGUCACAUGCUAUAUUGGAUUUGAUUGAAGCCAAAUGGGGAGAUUUGGUGGCAGACAUGCCAUUUAAGAUUUGUUAUCCUGCUCUUGAUGGUCAGGAAUGGCAGAUUAUCACAGGGAGUGAUCCUAAGAACACGCCGUGGUCCUACCAUAAUGGAGGUUCCUGGCCGACUUUGUUAUGGCAGCUCACUGUCGCUUGCAUAAAGAUGGAUAGACCUGAGAUUGCUACAAAAGCUGUUGAGAUUGCUGAGAAACGGAUCUCGCGAGACAAGUGGCCAGAAUAUUAUGAUACGAAAAAAGGUAGGUUCGUUGGAAAACAAGCACGCCUGUUCCAGACCUGGUCAAUUGCAGGAUACCUUGUGGCAAAGCUCUUGCUCGCUGAUCCAAGCAAAGCCAAGAUUUUGAUAACUGAAGAGGAUUCUGAACUCGUGAAUGCCUUCUCCUGCAUGAUUAGUGCUAACCCAAGAAGAAAGCGUGAUCGAAAGAAUUUGAAGCAGACCUACAUUGUAUGACUUUUGGUACAACAAUUUGUUACGAUUCAGCACCAAGCCGAUACUUCCAGUUGUCUGCAUAUGGGCAAACUAUUAUUCUGAUUUCACCAAAUUAUGUCGGUGAUUAUUUGGGAAUUGGCAAAGUGGUAAGAUAGCGCUUUUGCUUGUUCCAUUUAUAUUUCAGUUUGGGUAAGCUGAUAUAUUUUCAUAAGCUUAUUCAUCUGCUACUAAUAUUUUGUUGUAAAAAUUAUUUACUCCCAAGUCUCGGACUCAUAUUUACAGUUACUCACUUGAACCAUCUUGUUACGUUGUGGAAUCCACCGAUGGUUAUUUGUAAGUAUUUGUAUACAUCGAUGUAACAAAACGGAAUAAUGUUCAAGAGAGUUCAUUGUUUUUAGCA